UGUGUGCCAAAUUUCAUGCUUUUAUCACUCUUGUCACGAACGCGUUGUUAAGCCACCUGACUAAUAGGGGCGGGGACUCAUACUAAUUUGGGACAGUUUCAAUGGGCCAAAUAUGCUCUCGUGAGGAUUUGUGUGAGGCACGCUAGAUGUAUAAAGAAUCUGUUUUUGAAUUACCUGCGUGUUGAAAACGGUUUAGCAUGUGACUUUCCACCCAUAUGCUGUAUAGGGACUAAAAGUCGCCUCUCCAAGAAGUUCUUACAGAUGCUACUGAGGCUUGAAGAGGUAAGUUCAAAAACAAAUCUGCGAAUGCAUAUAGGAGAUUUUGCGUGCUUGCGCACCGAUUGCUGUUGUGUAGCCUAUUAUUGCAAGAAAAUUCCCUAUAUGUAUCCCUCCGACUUUCAAAGUGUUUCUGGGGCAAUGUUAUUUUGUUAAAAACAAUUGCCCCAUCAUACUUUGCUUAAACCAAUAUUACUUGAAUACGUACUUACAUAGCUGUUAACUGUACAGUCACAGAAGGAUAAUCAUGGUGAUUCUUUCGGACCGUUGCGACUCGGGAACUCAUCAUGAGCGACCGCUUCAAGUUGGCUUCUAUGAGAUCCUUAAGACGUUGGGAAAAGGGACCUUUGCCGUGGUAAAACUGGCAAGACAUAAAGUCACCAAAACUCAGGUUGCCAUAAAGAUUAUUGACAAAACUAGAUUAGACUCUUCGGAUCUGGAGAAAAUCAACAGAGAGGUUCAAAUCAUGAAACUACUGAACCACCCUCAUAUCAUCAAACUCUACCAGGUCAUGGAGACUAAAGAUAUGUUGUACAUUGUGACAGAAUAUGCACAAAAUGGUGAAAUGUUUGACUAUCUGACGUCUGUUGGCCGCCUUGCGGAGGUGGAGGCUCGUAGAAAGUUCUGGCAGAUAGUGAAUGCUGUUGAGUACUGUCACCAACAUCACAUCAUCCACCGUGACCUGAAGGCAGAGAACCUGCUGCUGGACGCCAACAUGAACGUUAAACUGGCAGACUUUGGCUUCGGAAACUUUUACAAGCCAGGAGAGACACUGUCCACGUGGUGUGGCAGUCCCCCAUACGCAGCACCAGAGGUCUUUGAGGGGAAAGCGUAUGAGGGGCCAAAGCUUGACAUCUGGAGCCUUGGAGUGGUUUUAUAUGUGCUGGUCUGUGGAGCGCUGCCUUUCGAUGGGGACAACCUCUAUCUCCUCAGACAAAGGGUCACUGAGGGACGUUUCAGAGUACCUUUCUUUAUGUCACAAGAAUGUGAAAACUUAAUCCGGAGGAUGUUGGCCGUUAACCCAGCAAAGCGCCUCAGCAUUGCACAGAUCAAGCAGCACCGGUGGAUGCAGGCUGACCCAGCUGCAGUGGCUGCCUGUCAGACUGUCCCCUGUCCCCCUCCCUCAGACAGCACUAUUGGCCUGGGUGGCUACAGCGAGCAUAUACUGGGCAUCAUGCAGACACUGGGCAUCGACAGACAGCGCACUAUAGAGUCCCUUCAGAGCGGCAGCUACAAUCACUUCUCUGCAAUAUACUGCCUCCUUCUGGAGCGGAUGAGGCAGCACCUCUCCCAGCAGCACAGUCAGCAGGCAAGGAGUGGGGCCCAGGCCUCCUCUGGUUCCUCACUGGAAGACUCGCUUCCCCCAGAAGAGGUCACCCUGAGCGGACUCCUGCUUCGAUCACGGCCUCCCGCCCCUAUCCACCUGCUGAAGACAAGAAUCAGUGACAUAAAAGGUCAACCAGGGACACUUCAGUCAGAGGAACGUGAAGAGAAAGAGGAACAGACACAUGUUGUGUCACCUCUGGAUUCACCCAGGAAUGGUGUGCAGGAGCCGACUAACACAUCUGCCAAACCCUCCUUUUGCAACAAGCUACCAUGUAUAGUGGUCCAGUUGGCCAGCGAUGACCCUUCAGACAGCAGCAGCAGCAGCCAUGAGGAGUGUGUGUCCUCCACUAGCUCUGUGGUUGGCACCGGCCUCUCCCCCUCCACCGGAGCCGUCUGCAGACUCACAGCUGCUGAAGUCCACGAGGUGACUCUCAGGCCCCACGCCUCUCUGCAGAAGAACCUGAGCCAGUCCUCCAAUGAAGGGAUACGUGAGAAGGCCAGCCUCACUGUACCCAGCUUCAACGAGGGCAGACGAGCUUCAGACACAUCACUCUCACCAGGUCUUAAAUCUUCGCGACAGGCACAGAAGAAGAACGUUCGCACAAAAGGCCAUUUGGGAUUGACCCGAUGCCGAGGUCUACUGCGUCCCGCAUGGCCCCAAGUAGGGCAUUUUGGUUCCCUUGAAGCCCAAGCCCGCCUGCUUCAUCCUCUGUCUUCCACUCCCACUCCAACUCGCUCCUGGGAGUUUGGCCCUCAUCAGCGGGAGGAAACCCUGGAACUGGGGUUCCAGAUGACCCAAGCACCGUUUCAACAGAAACCCUUGCAAGGUUCAUCCUCCCAAAACUCCCUUAACCUUGAGCUCCUCCAUGGACCUCCGUCCCCUUCAGCUCUCUCUUGCCAAGGCCUUCUCACUCCAUCCCCUCAAGUCCAGCAAGGAGAGACCCUACUGUCCUCCAGUCGCAUACAAACACCACUCCAUCUUCCAGACCCCCACCUGCAGCCCCUUCUUAACGGAGACUUUUCUUUCUCAUUCUUCACGCCAUCCUCAUCUUCAUCAAACAUGGUCUCGACUGCUGCUCUGCUGGAGACAAAGUUGCAGAUUAGUCCGGUGUCCCAGGCACAGAACUGUCCCACAGCCCCAGCAUCCUCAGGGCUUGAUAACUUCCUCACACCCUCAGAAACAGAACGUCUAAAGCCUGGAGACGGUUGUCAGGGGAUGUCAAUCAAUGGGGAAAAAAGUGUUGUCUAAAACUACAAUUAUUAUUACCUCUCCCAUCAUUUCUCUCAUACUGGCUAUUAAAUAUUCACCCUUCUUAUACAAGAGCACUCCUUAAUACAAAUUGAAAUUAAAAUGUGAUUAGAUCAAAUGUUUUAUAUUUCUUUCUUGUGUUUUUAUGUUGUUUUUUACUACUUUUUGGUAAGGAUUCAAUACUUUAUGGAAUGUAGGUACAGUGCCUAUAAAAAGUGUUCACCGCCUUGGAGGUUUUCCCCCUUUAUUGUUGUACAACAUUGAAUCAUGGUAAAUUUAAUUAGGCUUUUUUUUUAUCUGAUCAACAGAAAAAGACUUUUGUAUGUCAAAGUGAAAACAGAUCUCUACAAAGUGAAUACUUUUUAAAGUCACUGUAAGCUUACAUUAUUUUCUGAAUAGGAAAGAAUAUAUUUCUGCUCACAAGGUAGUCUAUUCAGCUACCCUCAACAACAAUAUUCCAUGAAGUCCCACAGGAUGUGAACACAGUGUGCAUGUGUCUAACUUCUUAUUUUCUGUCAUCAAAUGUCUCCCCACAACUGGUGUUCUGUGUGCUGUAUGUUAAGAAUCAUCUUUGGGAGGUCUGUCAUCAAGUAUGAACAUAGUUUUUCUUCCACAUCAACAACAUAAAAGCACUGCCUUGAAUUUUUUUUCAAAACUUUGUUUACAUUUAAUGCACAUAUGAACAAUUAAAUGCAGUUAUGAAAACAAAUGGGACAUAAUGAGGCAUUUUCCUGUGAAAAACAGUAUUCCAUUUACAUAUAUAAACAUAUGUGUGUGUGUGUGUGUGUAUGUAUGUAUGUAUGUAUUUAGUGGUGCUUUAAAUACAAGUAAAAUGCAUUCAAAUAGUUAUCUAAAUAAACUUUUGUAAUCAAA